AUGGAUUCAUCUAGUUCUAAUUCCUCUUUUGGAGAUACUGAUAGUGAUGAAGACAUUGAUCCCAACAAAUUGGUUCGGCCAAAACCCGAGAAUCAAAAGCAAAAUCAAAUAAUAGGUGUCCCAAAACCAAUUCUUAGCUAUUCUUCAUCAGAUUCUUCUAGUGAUUCUGACUCUUAUCAUGAAAGCAAUCAAAGCUCUAGUAAAAAAGGUAAAGAAGCUGUAAGAAUAAAUCAUAAUUUUGGAUCUCAGAAUAAUAUUGACAAGAUUCAAAAAUCUAAUGAAACAAUUUCAAGCCUUCAGCCGCCAACAUUCAGCCAAAUACCUAAUAUAAAAGCUGAAAACCAGCCUAAAAAGAAGUCUGACGAAAUAAGCAAUGAAAGACUGCAUUUAAAAAUCGAAAAUGAUAAAAACAGCUUAGAGAAAACUAUACAAAUAAAUAACCAAAAUGAAUGAACAAGUAAACAAAUCAAGGAAGCAGUCAAUGAAGUGCAAUCUAAAAGUCAAGUAGAUACAAAUAGAAUUUUUGCACCAAAAGUUAAAGCUACAACAGAAGUUAAAGGAAUAAAAGCUGAGGAAAAUAAAAUCCCGAAACAAAAUGCAGAUAAAACAAAUGUUAAAGUUGAAUCAGAAAAUCUUCAAAUAAAGAAGAUUGAUUUAAUAGCUCCUGUCGCGAAAAAUGCAUCUUUUUCUUCUAUAUCUUCAGAGGAAAGCGAUAGAAUUGAUAAAAAAAUUGAUUUUUUAAACUCGCCUGAAGUCAAAAAUCCUUUAAAAUAUCAAUCAAAAAUACAAGAAAAAAAUUCAAUUGAUUCAGUAUCAUCAAUUGAUAGCAGGCCAUCUGAAAGACCUGAGAAAGAAAAAUUUAAUUUUGAAUUUCCAAAGGAUCCAUUAAAAGACACACUUCUCCAUUAAUUAGUAAACAAAAUGCCUGAAGGAUAUUAUUUUUUUUUAAAUUUUUUAAUUAUUUGAAAUGAUAAAUCUAAUUUAUAUAAUAAAAUUUAAUAUAAUUAGCUGGAGAUCUUAUUAUUAUUUGUAAAAUUUAUAAUGAAAAAAAAUUGCUGAUUACUAAAGGAAGCCGCCUUUCCUAAAAUAUGAUAGUUUGGUCACUAAAAAAAGGGUGAGUUAGAAGGUUCUAGUAAAGCUAAACCUCAAGCAAAUCCAGAUCAAAAUGCUAAAAAAAUCAAUUUAUCAAGCAAAUACAAUUUAACUGAUUCUAAUUAUUCUUCAUCUUCAGAUGACUCAUAUAAAGAUGAAGCAGAAGCACCUGCUAAAGAACCUGAAGAAAUAAAAGAAUCCCCCAAACCUAAAUAUAACAUUCCUCCAUUAAAAUUAAACGCUGAUAAAUCAAAAAAAGCCUGAAAAGUACAAUCAGUAAAAAAUAUACCUGAAGCUGAUGUACAAAUUGUCCAUAAAAUUCCUGAACUAAAACCAGCUGCAAAAGUAGGCGAAAAAUUAAAAAAUAAUCCGAGUGUACUUCAAAAUGAAGAGGUAAAAGAAGGCUUUGCUCAUCAGCAAACCCAUGAAGAAAUUGGACUGAACAUACCAAGAUCAUCUUUAGAUAGCAUUAAUAUCGAAAUUGACGAACUAAAAUACUACUCAUUCGAAGAUGCCUUACAAAUUUUCAAAAAAAUAAAAAUUCCUCCAAAAUCCAUGAAAAAUCCAGGAUUUUUUUCAAAAUUCUGUGGGUGUUGUGGAGCUAGUUCUGUAAAACUCACACAAGAGCAAACCGAUGACUGCGAAAAAAUGCUUGGGUUUUCUUAUGUAGAUUUUGAUAUGUCAGUUGGCUUCCAUAAAAGCUUAUUAUUAAGUGUAUAUGGCAGCUUAACUUCUGAAAAAAAUUGACCAUCUGGGACUAAUUCAUGGAAAAAAAUAGGGAUCAGUAGUUUUGAAAAAGAAAUUAAAGGAAAAGGGGUCCCAGAAUUUUUGUUAUUUAUGCUUUUUAUGACUAAUUAUUUUACGAACCCAAUCAAAGAUAUGCUGCAGGAGUCGAAUAUUCAGGAACAAAAAUUCCCUUUUACUGUGACUUUAUUGAAGCUUGGAAAUGUAGUAAUAAAGGUUUUGAAUGAGAACAAGCUAAAUAAAUUCAUAAAAUCGAACAAUAAGACGCUAGAAGUUAUAUUCUUUUUUUAUGCUGGGGUUGUUUUAUAUUGGCACAAGAUUUUUACUCAAAGUGAAUGGUCUGUGAAGCAAUUGGAUAAUAUUUAUAAUAAAACCUUAAAAAAAGCGAUGGGAGGGCCAAAUGAUCUUAUAUUAUCCGCAAGGUCAGUUUUUGCAAAGCAGGGAAAAGAUGUGAAUUUAUAA